AUGGAUACGACCAACUUCAUUAAGUGGUUGAAGGAAAAAUUAAUUCCAAAUUUGCCACCAAACGGCAUAGUUGUCAUAGAUAACGCUCUGUAUCAUUCUACUCAAAUUGAAAAGUUACCUUCCAGUGCGUCUUUGAAAAGCGAAAUGCAAAAAUGGCUCUCCGACAAUAAUAUCCCAUACGAAGAAAGAAUGACAAAACGUGAGUUAUACCACCUUAUUGUCGUCAACAAACCUCCAAAAACAUAUAUAGUCGACGAAUUAUUAAAACAACAUGGACACGAAGUUUUGCGUCUGCCACCCUACCAUUGCGACCUAAAUCCUAUCGAAUAUAUAUGGAAUUUAACAAAACAAAGGGUGGCAGACAAAAAUAUUGAUCAGUCUGAAAGGCAGAUCGAAACGCUAACAAAAGAGGCAAUAGCUUCGAUAACAACAGAGGAUUGGCGAAAAGAAAUAAAUCACGUUGAAAGAUUAGAAAAGCAGUACUGGGAUAAUGAUCGCCUCCAAGAGAUUCAAGAAAGAGAAUUAAUAAUUUCCGUUGGAGGUGAAGAAAGUGAUGAGUCGGAGAGCGAGUUUGAGGACGAUAACGGCAGUGAUACCAUGUCUGGGGUGGAACCUAUGGACCUUAGCAGUGAUGAUUCUUUUUAA